GAUUAAGAUAUCAAAAUACAAAUUUUAAAUCUUUUCAUUAUUAUUUACCAGUACUUGAAGUUGCUGUAUCAACAAAACAACUUCCUUGUAGAUAUUCUACUAAAAAAAUUCCUUCUUUAAUUAAUUGUGAUUUAUAUAAUACUUCUUUAAAAAAUCAUUAUAAAGCAGAAGUUUUUAUUUGUGAAUAUGGAUAUUAUAUAAUAUGUUAUAAUGCUAUGGAAGAAAAAU